AUUAUCAUUUCUUGUUCACUUAAAAGAGAUUAUCUAGGCAGCGGUUGGUGAGCGCAUAUUUCCGCAUCACGCGAGACGAAGAUAGUGUAACGUAGACUUUCUUGCCUUAGAAGACUGCAGGGAUCGCUUCGCAGAUAAACGUCGGUGAGGCAGCCAACGCCAUAUAUUGCGUUCUCGAGACCAUAUUCAGCUCUCCAUCCGCCGGUCAAUGUAGCUAUCCAGGGCUAAAUUGUGAAUUAUAGAUCUCUCUGAAUUCUUUCGUUGUCAUAUCGCAUCAUCGGCCGUCUGUCGAUCAUUUAUUCGCCGGACGACAUGGCCGAGUACGAAAAGUCAACGGCAGCUGUGGUGGCUAUUUCAGCCCCAGCCUCAGAAGCUGAGAAAACUAAGUCAAUAUCAGAACGAUCUGCAGAUGUCACAUUGCGAUUCAUCAAGGAAUAUGGGAGUAGCGUGGGACAGUUAACCCCGGAGAAGGAGAAGAGAUUACGAUGGAAGCUAUAUUUUCAUGUUAUGACUCUGUUGAUUUCGAUCAAUUUGAUGCUGUUCAUUGAUAAAUCGACCUUGUCGUAUUCUACGCUUCUGGGAUUAUUUGACGAGAAUCAUAUCAAUAAGUCGCAAUAUAACAAUUUGAAUACAUUCUUUUAUGUCGGCUAUAUAAUUGCGCAGGCCCCAGGACAUUAUUUAAUGCAGCGCUUGCCACUAGGACGAUUUGUGGCUGUUACUGUUUUUAUAUGGUCGAUUAUCAUCUUUCUGCACUGCACCGCAAAGGACUAUGGCGGUCUCAUCGUGCUCCGAUUGUUACUUGGUGUAUUCGAAGCAUGUCUUCUUCCUGCCAUGGAGAUUACCCUUGGAAUGUUCUUCCCGCCCAUCGCGCAGGGACGGUUACAACCCGUGUUCUGGAUAUCAUGCGUGGCUGCUCCAAUACCCAGCGGCUUCAUCGCAUACGGUCUUCUGCACAGUACAAGCAGAAUCCGACCCUGGAAAUUCUUUAUGAUCAUCACCGGUGGACUUACCCUCAUCCUGGCUGUGUAUAGUUGGUUCUUUUAUCCAGACAACCCCGUCAAGGCUAGAUUCCUUACUCUGGAAGAGAAAGUACAUGCUGCUCAGCGUGUCCAUGAAGCGACCAGAAGUUCCAUCGAACAGAAGCAAUUCAAAUGGUACCAAUUCUGGGAAACCCUCCGUGAUCCGGUAUCGUGGCUGUUUACCUUACAGCCAUUUAUGCUGAUGCUAUCGAACAAUCUCUACUACCAGCAGAAUCUCCUCUUUCUCGAUAUCGGCGUGUCGGACUUAGGAUCCACUCUUGUGGGCGUGGCAGGUGGUGGUUUCGCUGUCGUUUGCUGCAUCAUCGCAACUAUCCUCUUUCGACUAUUUCCAAAUAAUAACGCCUACUGGGGGACCUUCUGGUGUCUUCCUGCCGUAGCAGGUGGGAUUGGCAUGGUCACAGUACCUUGGCAUAAGAAGAUUAGUCUCCUUGCCUGUCUCACCCUUGCGGCAACCACCUACGGCGUAACGUAUAUUACGGCCCUUGGAUGGACGACGUCCAGCGCGGCAGGUUACACGAAGAAACUAACGCGAAAUGUACUGUUUAUGGCAGGAUAUGGGAUCGCGAAUCUAGUCGGGCCACAGAUCUGGGUUGCUCACGAUGCACCGCGGUAUUAUGCCGCGUGGAUCGUACAGAUCGUGAUCAGCUGGGUUGGCGCACCUAUCAUCCUGCUUAUUAUCAGAUGGACCUUAGCGCGUCGCAAUGAGGAACGUCGAGUUUGGAUCGCUGAACAAGACGCUCUGGGCAGGCAUGCGACUGGGAUUGUGGAACAGCUGGACGAAAGUGGACGUGCAGUCGAGGUAGAAGCAGAAGUUUCUCUAUUGGAUCUGACGGAUCUGGAAAACAAGUACUUUCUUUAUCCACUUUGAGGACAAUCUGAGAAAGAUCUACCAACCGUUUACUCUAUAAGAUAUCAUUAUCGGAAAGGUUCCGGAGAGCAUUAAUACUAGUUAGUACUGGAUAUUAUAUAGAAGAUUCAAGAUAGUCACGCGAUUCGUGAAGAAUCAGCAACAAUAAUAGGGGGAUUGUGUACCACAACUAGAUACCUAGCCAGAAUGUAGCAUAAAUUGUACCAUAGACAUAAUAAUGUCGUAUCGGAAUCUGGAGGGAUUAACGGGUUUGCUCCACGGCGCAAGGUCGAUCAAG